AUGAGUGUUGUGGUUGGUUUGUUUCUUGUAUUAGUCGUAUGUAGUGGAGUUGUUGUUGCAGAUGUUAAUGGAGUUAAAGAUGAUAAACACUUACUUGGCCAUCUUGGAGGAGGUUUAGGGCAUGGGAUAUACAAGAAUGGGUUUCGACAUGGGUUUGGUAAAGGUGGUGGGCUUGGUUUAGGCGGCGGAGGUGGUCUAGGGGGUGGUGCUGGUGGUGGUUUAGGAGGCGGAGGUGGUGCUGGGGGUGGUUUAGGAGGUGGGGGAGGUCUAGGAGGUGGUGCUGGUGGUGGCGUAGGAGGUGGGGGUGGUCUAGGAGGUGGUGCUGGUGGUGGCGGUGGAGGUGGUGCUGGUGGUGGCGUAGGAGGUGGAGGUGGUCUAGGAGGUGGUGCUGGCGGUGGUUUAGGAGGUGGAGGUGGUGCUGGUGGUGGCGUAGGAGGUGGUGCCGGUGGAGGCUUAGGAGGUGGAGGUGGUGCCGGUGGAGGCUUAGGAGGUGGAGGUGGUGCAGGGGGUGGUUUGGGAGGUGGAGGUGGUGCAGGUGGUGGUUUAGGAGGUGGAGGUGGCGUAGGUGGUGGUUUAGGAGGUGGAGGAGGUGGUGCAGGUGGUGGUUUAGGAGGUGGAGGUGGUGCUGGUGGUGGCGCAGGAGGUGGACUCGGAGGUGAUGCAGGUGGUGGUUUAGGUCAUGGUGGAGGAAUAGGAGGUGGUGCAGGUGGUGGUGGGGGUCUAGGAAGUGGUGUAGGUCAUCAUGGAGGACUUGGAGGAGGUGUCGGUGGUGGGUUGGGUGGUGGUGCAGGUGGAGGAGCUGGUGGUGGAGGUGGACUUGGUGGUGGCCUCGGUGGCGGAGGGUUAGGUGGUGGUGCUGGCGGGGGUGCAGGUGCAGGUGCUGGUGGAGGUGGUGGUGGUGGGGGUUUUGGUGGUGGAGGCGGAGGUGGUUUAGGUGCCGGUGCAGGAGUGGGGUUUGGAGCCGGUGCAGGUUUCGGAGUAGGGGGAGGAGUUGGAGGUGGGGGAGGUGGCGGCUUUGGUGGAGGUGGUGGAGUAGGCAGCGGUGCUGGUUUUGGUGGAGGAGCUGGAUUUGGUGCCGGCGGUGGCAAUUAA